AUGGCAACGCCGGCCAAAAGGUAUCGAAUUUUAAUUACGAAGAUUUGUAGAAACGAUGCAAAAACGGACUUCUUAAUGGAAUGCAGAAAAUGCAAUGUGUUCCCCAUGUCAAUAUGGAGAAUACGGUUACCGCAUGGAUGUGCCUCUCUACUGCCAAGAUUACGAGUAGUAUGCUUAAGAAAAGCCAUCCGCUCCACACGACGCAGAAGGUAUUACCUGCUAAAAAAGCUAGUAGAUCUAGAAAACGAGUUAUAUGAAUCAGGGCCACACAUAUUAGAGGAAGCUAACAACCGUGUAAUAAAACUAGCCAAUCAAAUUACAGAAAGAAUGCGGAAAAAGUAUAAGAAAAAAAUGGAAUGGAUUAAAAAGCAUCAGGAAGAUAGAGUAAGACCGCAAGUCAACACAACAAUUAUAUCCUGGGAUGGCAUCAUACCUCCAACAUAUGUUAAGGAAGCUUGCAAAUUUGGCCCUAAAUACGUCCCGCAACCCAAACUCACACACGAAAAGAUCGUGCCGGACGUUGAGCAAGCAAUAGAAGGGCUAAGUGAGAUAAAGAAGGAAAUGUUUAGAUGGGAGAUUGCUCUUAAAAUAAAGCAUAUAAAUAAGAAACGAGACAGCAAUCAAACAUGGAUGAAUAUCAAAAAAAGCAAACAAUGGCUGAAAGAUAAUAACUUAGUACUUACAAGAGCCGACAAAUCAAAGGAUGUAGUAAUCAUGAAAAGAAAUACAUAUGAUGAACUGUUGCUGAAAUACAUAAAUGAAACAAAAUGUAUUACUGCGCACCCACGUGCUUUGGAGAGACUGCAAACAAGAAUCAAGCAAUUCGCUAAAACACCACUUGCAAAAGAGCUGGGUAUGACGAAAAUAGUAGUCACCUCUCCAUCCAUGCCGAGACUCUUCGGAUUUGCUAAGACGCAUAAAAUCGGAAAAAGUAUUAGGCCAGUCGUAGAUAAAGGAGAUUCACCUACAAUAAUAUUGGAAAGAUUACUUAAAGGCUUUAUUAACACGCACUUGCCCACGCACAAUUACAGCAUAAAAAAUCCUCUAGAGCUGCUCCAUAAAUUGAAAAAUAUAAAACCACAAGAAGUAAGUUAUAUGACAGUAUUGGAUUUUAAAGCGUUAUAUCCAUCCAUUAAACUAGAGCCUUGUUUUUGCCACUUAAGAGAUUUCUUGUUAAACAAAAUCAAAAAUACAGAAAAGAAGAGAAAACAGAUACUAGAGCUGACGCAUCUAACCACAUAUUCGUCGAUAUUUAACUUCAAAGGAGUCACAUAUGCGCAGCAGAAAGGUGUAGCAAUGGGAAGCCCAAUAGCAGGUACGCUAUGUGAAAUGGUUUUAAGAACAUUAGAGAACAACAUCAUACCAAAAUAUGGAAUGCAAAUCGUAUUAUAUGCUCGGUAUGUCGACGACGUGCUUAUCAUAUGGAAAGCAAAACCAAUACUACAGCAAUUUAUAAAAGACAUCAAUGACAACAAUUUUGGCCUAGAGAUUGAGCUGGAACAAGAAAAUGAUAAAAUUAUACAUUUUCUGGAUUUAUCAUUACAAAUAGAUAAAGGGGAUAUAACUACAAAGGUGUACAGAAAGCCUACAUAUAACCCAUUAUUUAUUCCCUGGAAUUCUCACGACCCAGCAACCUAUAAACUUGCAGCUUUCAGGGCGCUCAUAGCAAGAGCGCACUCGCACUGUAGCAAAAGGCAAGAUAGAAAUGAAGAGAUGCAAUAUAUAAAAAAGCUAGCAAGGCAGUUUGGGGUUAACAUUAAGGCUAUAACCAACAAAACAAAAACAGGCAGCAACGAGCUCAAUCUAAGAAAUAAAAGGGAAGAGUAUACGAUGAUGGAGUACAGGGCGCAGUUAAACAAUAUAUACAAAAGAAUAGGAGCAGCAACAAAAAAGAAAAUAAUUUACAAAAGGAAUCCAACAGUUUACCAAAUGUUAAGAACAGACAAAGACGAGGUAGACGGAAACCUUCUUCCCGGAGUAUACAGAGUUCCAAUAACAGAUAAAAGGCGACAGAAAGAGCUGUUUUACAUUGGAGCUACAGGGAGAUCGCUCAAAGAAAGAAUGAUAGAGCACAAACGAAACAUACGAAAUGAGCAGCCAGUCACAGCGCUAGCGACAUACAUCCUAGCAGACCCUACAGAAGUUAAAGCAGAGUGGGAUAAGGCAAAGUUAAUACAAAAAAUUCACGACAAAAGGCAUCUCAAAUACGCAGAGGCGUGGCAUAUUUGUAAAAAUAGUCAAGAAGGGCAGGCAAUUAACUUUAGAGAAGCAAGUAAAAUAUCGGAAGCAUGGAGAUCGAGCUUAAUAUAG